CGCGGCGGAUGACGGGAGCUUUCCAAGAUGGCGUCGGUUCGCUGGAGGCGGGCUGAGGGCUCUCGCCCGCUUUGAGCUCCGGGGCCUGCUGUGGUUCCCUGAGCGGGAAGGCGCCGGCGGAGCGGGCCUCCCUCUCGGGGCCCCCCGCGCUCAGCCAUGGCUACCAUGGAGAAGCUGAUGAAAGCCUUCGAGUCCCUCCGCUCCUUCCAGCAGCAGCAGAGCCCUGCCGCCAUUCCAGCGGGCGCCUCAGCCGCUUCCUCGGCCGGAGCGGCCGCUGCCUCCGCCGCCGAAGAGCCCCCUCAGAGACCAAAGAAAGAGCUUUCCACAACUAAGAAAGAUCGAGUCAAUCAUUGUCUAACGAUUUGUGAAAAUAUAGUCGCUCAGUCCUUGAGGAACUCUCCAGAAUUUCAAAAGUUGCUGGGAAUUGCUAUGGAACUUUUCCUUCUCUGCAGUGAUGAUGUGGAGUCAGAUGUAAGAAUGGUUGCUGAUGAAUGUCUCAACAAAGUAAUAAAAGCUUUGAUGGACUCCAAUCUUCCUAGGUUACAAUUAGAACUUUAUAAAGAGAUUAAAAAGAAUGGUGCUUCUCGAAGUUUGCGUGCUGCUCUUUGGAGGUUUGCUGAACUUGCACACCUUGUUCGACCACAGAAAUGCCGACCUUAUUUUGUAAACCUUUUGCCCUGUCUAACACGAGUGAGCAACCGAUCUGAGGAGUCGGUCCAAGAGACCUUGGCUGCAGCAAUACCAAAAAUCAUGGCAGCUUUUGGAAAUUUUGCAAAUGAUAAUGAAAUUAAGAUUUUAUUGAAGGCAUUUGUAGCUAACCUUAAGUCCACCUCUCCUACUAUACGUCGAACGGCAGCUGCAUCAGUAGUGAGCAUUUGCCAGCAUUCACGAAGAACACAAUAUUUUUAUACUUGGCUGCUGAAUGUACUAUUAGGUUUAUUAUUUCCCAUGGAAGAUGAAUAUCCCAGUGUCUUAAUUCUUGGGGUAUUGCUCACAUUAAGAUAUCUGAUACCUUUGCUACAGCAGCAGGUGAAAGAUACAAGUCUUAAAGGUAGCUUUGGUGUGACACAGAAAGAAACAGAGAUUUCUCCUUCUUUAAAUCAACUUGUACAGGUUUAUGAAUUGAGUCUACAUUAUACACAGCACCGAGACCACAAUGUUGUAACUGGAUCAUUAGAACUGUUGCAACAGCUUUUGAGAACGCCACCUCCUAAUCUUCUGCUUGCCUUGACUACUGCUGGUGGCAUUACACAAGCCUGUGUAUCCAAAGAUGUGGUUGCCAGCAGAAACCGCAGUGAUAGCAUAGUAGAACUUAUAGCUGGAGGGGGGUCUUCAUGCAGCCCUGUUUUUUCCAGAAAGCAAAAAGCUAAAAUAUUUCUUGGAGGAGAAGAAGAAGGUUUAGAAGAUGACUCUGAAACAAGAUCUGAAGUCAGCAACACAAGCUUUGCAGCAUCCAUGAAGAGUGAGUUAAAUAGUGAAUUAGCUUCCUCAGACAUACCAACAGCGACAAAUUCAGUAGCAGAUUCGUCAGGACAUGACAUCAUAACUGAGCAACCACGUUCUCAACAUACACUACAGUCAGAAUCAGACUUGACAAAUUGUGAGUUAACAAGUUCAGCUAACAAAGGAGAUACUGAUGAUGAUGUUCUUAGCAGAAGCUCCAGCCAAAUCAGCACUGUCCAGUCAGACCCUACAGUAGACCUGAACAGUGGCACUCGGGCAUCCUCUCCCAUUAGUGACAGCUCCCAGACGACUACAGAAGGUCCGGAUUCAGCUGUGACUCCUUCAGAUUGUUCUGAAAUGAUUAUAGAAGGUGCUGAAAACCAAUACUCUGGAAUGCAGAUUGGACAGUUGCAAGAUGAAGAAGAUGAAACAACCAAUGUUCUCCAGGAUGAGAUGAUCAUUGAUACAAGAAGUUCUUGUCUUGCCCUUCAGCAGUCCCAUUUAUUAAAAAGCAUGGGUCACAGCAGACAGCCUUCUACCAGCAGCAUGGAUAAAUUUUCAACAAAAGAAGAAACAGAGCCUGGUGACCAUGAAAAUAAACUUUCCAGAAUUAAAGGAGAUAUAGGGUGUUAUACUGAUGAAAAUGCUGCUCCACUCGUUCACUGUGUACGUCUUCUGUCAGCCUCAUUUCUGCUUACAGAAGUGAAAGGUGCAUUGGUACCAGAUAAAGAUGUGAGAGUCAGCGUGAAAGCUUUAGCGAUAAGUUGUGUGAGUGCAGCAGUUGCUCUCCAUCCUGAAGCUUUCUUCAGCAAACUAUAUAAAAUGCCUUCUGAAGCCAACACAGGUGAAGAGGAGUAUGUAAAGGAUAUUAUGAAUUAUAUUGAUCAUGGAGAUCCCCAGAUUAGAGGAGCAACAGCCAUUUUAUGUGGAACAAUAGUUUAUUCCAUCCUCACCAAAUCUCGCUUUGAUGUGGAAAACUGGCUAACAAAUAUAAGAGUUUCAACAGGAAAUACAUUUUCACUGGUAGAUUGUAUACUUUUGUUACAAAGAACACUGAAAGAUGAAUCUUCAGUUACCUGUAAACUGGCUUGUACAGCUGUCAGGCAUUGUAUCAUGGCUUUGUGCAGUAGCAGCUAUAGUGCCUUGGGUGUAAAGUUAAUGGUUGAUCUCCUUACAUUGAGGAAUAGUUCUUAUUGGCUGGUUAGAACUGAGCUGUUAGAAACUCUUGCUGAUAUUGAUUUUCGGCUAAUCAGUUUUUUGGAAAGAAGGGCCAACAAUUUACACAGAGGUACUCAUCAUUAUACUGGACUGUUAAAACUUCAAGAUCGUGUGCUCAAUGAUGUAGUAAUUUCUCUGCUUGGCGAUGAAGACCCCAGAGUGAGGCAUGUUGCUGCUGCCACUUUAGUAAGGCUUGUUCCAAAGUUCUUUUAUAAUUGCGAUCAAGGACAAGCUGACCCUGUAGUGGCAGUAGCAAGGGACCAAAGUAGUGUCUACCUAAAGCUGCUAAUGCACGAAACCCAACCUGCUUCUCAGUUUGCAGUAAGCACUAUAACCAGAACGUACAGAGGAUAUAACAUACUGCAAAGUCCAACAGAUGUGACAAUGGAAAAUAAUCUUUCUAGAGUUAUUUCAGCAGUUUCCCAUGCCUUGACAACAUCGUCAACACGAUCUCUAACAUUUGGUUGCUUUGAAGCUUUAUGCCUUCUGUCCACAUCAUUUCCAGUUUGUACCUGGAAUGUAGGAUGGCACUGUGGUUUUUACCUGCUGGGUUCUACAGAAGAGUCUCAGAAGAAUAGCACCAUUGGAAUGGCAGGGUUGGUUCUAUCACUUCUUUCAUCAGCUUGGCUCCCACUAGACCUGUCAGCUCAUCAAGAUGCUUUGAUACUGGCUGGAAACUUGCUUGCAGCUAGUGCUUCAAAAUCUUUGAAAACCCCUUGGACUAACGAGGAUGACACUAAUGUUGGUGCUACUAAGCAGGAAGAGCCAUGGCCAGCUCUAGCAGACAGAACUAUAAUUGUUUUGAUAGAGCAGAUGUUCUCCCAUUUGCUGAAAAUCAUUAAUAUUUGUGCUCAUGUGUUGGACGAUGUCAUUCCUGGCCCAACAAUAAAGGCAACAUUACCAUCUCUGACAAAUCCACCUUCUUUGAGUCCAUUGAAAGGACGCAAAGGAAAAGAGAAAGAGAUUGCUGAUCAAACCUCUGUGCCAAUGAGCCCCAAAAAGACAAGUGAAAACAGCCCAGCCCCUAGGCAAACUGAUGCUUCAGGUCCUGCUCCAGCAAGUAAAUCAUCAUCACUGGGCAACUUCUAUCACCUUCCUUCAUAUCUGAAGCUAUAUGAUGUUUUGAAAGCUACCCAUGCCAACUAUAAGGUUACACUGGAUCUCCAGAACAGCAGUGAAAAGUUUGGUGCAUUCCUGCGAUCUGCUUUGGAUGUUCUGUCUCAAAUAUUAGAACUUGCAACUCUUCAGGACAUUGGAAAAUAUGUUGAAGAAAUUUUGGGUUAUCUGAAAUCCUGUUUCAGCAGAGAACCAAUGAUGGCCACUUUGUGUGUACAGCAGUUGCUGAAGACAUUGUUUGGCACAAACCUGGCUUCACAGUAUGAUUGCUUGUCUUCAAACCCAAGUAGAUCUCAAGGCAAAGCCCAACGCUUGGGUUCGUCAAACUUGAGGCCUGGGCUUUAUCAUUAUUGCUUCAUGGCUCCUUAUACACAUUUCACUCAGGCACUUGCAGAUGCCAGUUUAAGGAAUAUGAUGCAAGCUGAACAGGAACAUGAUACUUCUGGCUGGUUUGAUAUAUUGCAGAAGGUUUCUUCCCAGCUUAAAACUGGCAUGACAAGUGCAGUGAAGCAUCGUGCUGACAAGAAUAUUAUUCAUAAUCACAUUCGUUUGUUUGAACCCCUGGUCAUCAAAGCUUUAAAGCAAUAUACUACAACAACAUCAGUACAACUGCAGAGGCAAGUUUUAGAUCUUCUUGCCCAACUCGUUCAGCUGCGGGUUAACUAUUGUCUUCUAGACUCUGAUCAGGUCUUCAUUGGAUUUGUUCUAAAGCAGUUUGAAUACAUUGAAGUUGGACAAUUCAGGGAAUCAGAAGCAAUUAUUCCUAGUGUCUUUUUCUUCUUGGUGCUACUGUCUUAUGAACGCUACCACUCCAAGCAAAUAAUUGGAAUCCCUAAAAUUAUUCAGCUGUGUGAUGGGAUAAUGGCUAGUGGAAGAAAAGCUGUUACACAUGCAAUACCUGCUCUACAGCCAAUUGUUCAUGAUCUCUUUAUAUUGAGAGGAGCAAACAAAGCAGAUGCUGGCAAAGAACUGGAGACACAAAAAGAAGUAGUGGUUUCAAUGUUGUUGCGACUUAUCCAAUACCAUCAGGUUCUAGAGAUGUUCAUUCUAGUAUUGCAGCAGUGUCACAAAGAGAAUGAAGACAAGUGGAAAAGAUUGUCUCGACAGAUAGCAGACAUAAUUCUCCCAAUGCUAGCAAAACAACAGAUGCAGAUAGAUUCCCAUGAAGCUCUGGGAGUAUUGAACACUUUAUUUGAAAUAUUGGCACCAUCUGCCCUUCGUCCAGUGGACAUGCUUUUAAGGAGCAUGUUUGUAACUCCAAGUACAAUGGCUUCAGUGAGCACAGUCCAGUUAUGGAUAUCUGGUAUUCUUGCUAUUCUCCGUGUUUUGAUUUCUCAAUCAACAGAAGACAUUGUGCUUUCUCGUAUUCAAGAGCUCUCCUUCUCACCAUAUUUAAUCUCACGGCAAACAAUUAACAGAUUACGCAAUGAUGAAAAUAUAACUUCUACAGAUCAGGAACAAACUCUAGAAGAGCAAAAUAAAUAUCUGCCUGAAGAGACAUUUUCCAGGUUCUUAUUACAAUUAGUGGGAAUUCUUCUUGAAGAUAUUACUAGCAAACAUUUGAAUGUGGAUAUGAAUGAGCAGCAACAUACAUUCUACUGCCAAGAGUUGGGUACACUGCUUAUGUGCUUAAUUCAUAUUUUCAAAUCAGGAAUGUUCAGAAGAAUCACAGCUGCAGCCAGCAAGCUUUUUAUAGGAAAUGGAUUUGAUCAUCAUUUCUAUACCCUUGAAACUUUAAAUGAUCUUAUUCAGUCCAUGAUACCCACCCAUCCUUCCUUAGUGCUCCUGUGGUGCCAGAUCUUACUACUUGUUAAUUAUACAAACAGCACCUGGUGGUCAGCAGUGCAUCAGACGCCAAAAAGGCACAGCCUUUCCAGUAGUAAAUUGCUUGGUUCUCAAACUUGCGAAGAUAAUGAUGAAGUAGAUUCGGAAUUCAAACUCAGUAUGUGCAAUCGAGAGAUAGUCCGAAGAGGUGCACUCAUCCUUUUUUGUGACUAUGUGUGCCAAAAUCUGCACGAUUCUGAACACUUAACCUGGUUGACAGUGAACCAUGUUCAAGAACUUAUUAAUCUGUCUCACGAGCCCCCAGUACAAGACUUAAUUAGUGCCAUUCACAGGAAUUCUGCAGCAAGUGGUCUUUUCAUCCAGGCUAUUCAAUCACGGUGUGAGAACUUUGCAGCUCCAACUUCUGUAAAGAAGGCAUUACAAUGCCUAGAGGGGAUUCACCUGAGUCAAUCUGGUGCUGUAUUAAUACUGUAUGUGGAUAAGCUUUUGUGUACACCAUUCCGUGUGCUGGCUCGCAUGGUUGACACUCUCGCUUGUCGCCGGGUGGAAAUGCUUUUAGCUGAAACUAUGCAGAACAGCACUGCUCAGUUACCAGUUGAAGAAUUGGAUAGAAUUCAGGAAUAUCUUCAAAAUAGUGGAUUAGCCCACAGACACCAAAGACUCUACUCACUCUUAGACAGGUUUCGCCUCAUUGUCGCUCCAGAAACAAUUAGCCCAUCACCUGUUGUUACUGCACACCCACUGGAUGGGGAUAAGCAGCCUGCUCUAGAAACUGUGAUUCCAGACAAAGAUUGGUAUAUUUCGCUAGUGAAAUCACAGUGCUAUGUGAAAUCAUCCUUGGCUCUGCUAGAAGGUGCAGAGUUGGUGAAUCGACUUCCUCAGCAUGAACUGAAUUCUUUUUUGAUGCAUAAGGACUUCAAUAUAAGUCUUCUCGCUCCAUGUUUAAGUCUUGGCAUGCAUGAAAUCUCCAAAGACCAGAAGAGGCUUUUUGAAACUGCCCGUAGGGUAACUCUCAAUCACGUGACUGCUGUUGUAAAAAAACUUCCCACCAAUCACCACGUUUUUCAGCCAUUGCAACCAUUUGAAACAUCAAUGUAUUGGAACAAGCUGAGUGAUAUCUUUGGUGACACCACGGUGUAUCAAUCUACGAUGGCCUUAUCUCAUGCUUUAAGUCAGUAUCUCGUGUUGCUUUCUAAACUGCCAAGCUCUCUGUGCAUCCCACGUGAGAAAGAGAGUGACAUUCUGAAGUUUGUUGUAAUGUUGCUAGAGAUGGUUUCAUGGCAUUUAAUACACAAAUAUAUUCCACUAAGUAUAGAUCUCCAGGCUGUGUUGGAUUGCUGUUGUUUGGCUUUACAACAGUCUAAUUUAUGGAAUUUGCUGGCUUCAGCAGAAUAUAUGACCCAUGCCUGCUCUGUCAUCAACAGUAUUCGAUUCAUUAUAGAGGCAGUGGCAGUUGAGCCUGGAAAUCAUCUUCUUGGUCCAGAAAAGAAGAAGAGUCAUGUAAAAACUGCUACUGAAGAUGAAGUAGAUUUCCAAGCACAUAAAUCUGAGUUUAUUACAGCAACCUGUGAAACAGUGGCAGAGUUGGUGGAAUGUUUGCAAUCUGUCUUAUCCUUGGGACACAAGAAAAACAGCAAUAUCCCAGCAUUCCUGACCUCUGUUCUUAAGAACAUCAUUAUCAGUUUAUCCAGGCUGCCUUUGGUAAACAGCUACACAAGAGUUCCUCCAUUGGUCUGGAAGCUGGGCUGGUCUCCAAAGCCUACAGGUGAUUUUGGCACAACUUUCCCAGAAAUCCCUGUAGAGUUUCUUCAAGAGAAAGAAGUAUUCAAGGAGUUUAUUUAUCGAAUUAACACUUUAGGAUGGACAAACCGCAUGCAGUUUGAAGAAACUUGGGCUACACUUCUCGGCGUUCUGGUAACCCAGCCAAUUGUAAUGGACCAAGAGGAAAACCAGCAAGAGGAAGACACAGAAAGAACACAAAUAAAUGUUCUAGCUGUUCAAGCCAUAACAUCCUUGGUGUUAAGUGCAAUGACAAUACCAUUUGCUGGCAAUCCGUCAAUUAGCUGCUUGGAACAGCAACCACGAAAUAAAGCUUUAAAGGCUCUAGAUACCAGGUUUGGGAGAAAAUUAAGUGUCAUCAGAGGAAUUGUAGAACAAGAAAUCCAAGAAAUGGCAUCCAAAAGAGACAACAUUGCUACGCAUCAUUUGUAUCAAGCAUGGGAUCCAGUUCCAUCUCUGUCCCCUUCUUCUACAGGUGCCCUUAUCAGCCAUGAAAAACUCCUAUUGCAGAUAAAUACAGAGCGUGAAAUAGGAAAUAUGGGAUAUAAACUAGGACAGGUGUCUAUCCACUCUGUGUGGCUUGGAAAUAAUAUUACUCCAUUACGAGAAGAAGAGUGGGAUGAAGAUGAAGACGACGAGGGUGAUGUGCCUGUCCCUUCCUCACCACCAUCCUCUCCCAUCAAUUCCAGAAAACAUCGUGCUGGUGUUGACAUACAUUCCUGUUCUCAAUUCUUACUGGAGUUGUACAGCCAGUGGAUUUUGCCAUCAAAUCCAAACAAGAGAACUCCAAUUGUUCUGAUCAGUGAAGUUGUCCGAUCUCUUUUAGCUGUAUCUGACUUGUUUACUGAAAGGAAUCAGUUUGAUAUGAUGUACACAACAUUAACAGAGCUACGGAAAAUACACCCUUCAGAAGAUGAGAUUCUUGUUCAAUAUUUGGUCCCAGCUAUAUGCAAAGCAGCUGCUGUUCUCGGAAUGGAUAAAGCUGUAGCAGAGCCAGUAAGCCGUCUUCUAGACUCAACACUACGCAGUACUCACAUGCCAAGUCGGAUAGGCGCUCUCCAUGGAAUUCUUUACAUUCUUGAGUGUGACCUCCUUGAUGAAACAGCAAAGCAGCUCAUUCCAGUCAUUACUGAAUAUCUUCUUUCCAAUUUGAGGGGAAUAGCACACUGUGUGAACGUCCACAAUCAGCAACAUGUGUUAGUAAUGUGUGCAGUGGCAUUCUAUUUAAUAGAAAAUUAUCCACUUGAUGUAGGAUCUGAAUUCUCAUCAAGUAUUAUACAGAUGUGCGGAGUGAUGUUGUCUGGAAGUGAAGAAUCAACACCAUCCGUUACUUACCACUGCGUCCUGAGGGGCUUAGAACGACUUCUUCUUUCAGAACAACUUUCCAGACUGGAUUGUGAAUCAUUGGUUAAGCUGAGUGUAGACAGAGUGAAUGUACACAGCCCCCACAGAGCCAUGGCUGCGUUGGGGUUAAUGCUGACUUGCAUGUAUACAGGAAAAGAGAAAAUCAGCCCAGUGCGAGUUACAGAUCAUAAUCAAACUGCUCCAGACAGCGAGUCUGUCAUUGUGGCUAUGGAACGAGUUUCUAUUCUCUUUGACAGGGUCAGAAAAGGGUAUCCCUUUGAAGCCAGAGUGGUAACUCGGAUUCUUCCUCAGUUUCUGGAUGACUUUUUCCCCCCACAAGAUGUCAUGAAUAAAGUUAUUGGAGAAUUUUUAUCUAACCAGCAGCCAUAUCCACAGUUUAUGGCAUCUGUAGUUUAUAAGGUAUUUCAAAGAUUGCAUACCACUGGCCAAUCAUCCAUGGUCCGUGAUUGGGUGAUGUUGUCACUCUCCAACUUCACACAGAGAACACCCGUUGCCAUGGCAAUGUGGAGUCUGUCUUGUUUCUUUGUCAGUGCUUCUACCAGCCAGUGGAUUUCAGCAAUUCUUCCACACAUAAUCAGCAGAAUGGGAAAAUCGGAACAAAUUGACAUCAACCUCUUCUGCUUGGUGGCGAUAGACUUUUACAGACAUCAGAUAGAUGAAGAACUGGAUCGCAGAGCCUUUCAAUCUGUAUUUGAAGUGGUAGCUUUACCAGGAAAUCCAUAUCAUCGCCUGCUAACUUGUUUGCAGAAUGUUCACAAGUUCACAGCAUGUUGAAGCGGGGGCAAAGUGAUUAUAUGAAGAAAAGGAAUGUUGAAACUUCCUGUAGAGACUGAAUCUGACAAUGAGAAUAUUGAAAGAUGGGACGUGUUCAGAUCCCACCUUAGGAUUUAUACACUGCUACUUUUCCACCUUCCGCCUGCAUAAACCUGAACCAACCAUUGCAAUGUGCAUUACACAAGUAGGUGGAAAGCUAAGGGGGCCAUGCUAAAAGAAUGUCAAUUUGUUGUAACCUUUGGGGAACCUGAGCAUUAGUUGCUAUAUAAGAUACAGAUACUGAAUAUAAAGCAAUUAGUUCAUAUCGGCUUAUGUCAUGCUGCUAACAUUGAACUUGAUGAAUAUUCCGUUCCACAAUGCAAAUCGCAGCCAUUUAAAACCAAAAUGCUUUAAUUUCAUAUAGCUUCAGUUGUAGCAUAAUACUGCCCAGAGGCUCCCCCUGCCGCCCUUAUGUCUCAAAAGAAAAUAGACGUUAAAUACACCCAGCAUGUAAUGUUCUGCCUGGAUGUUCUCUAACGUAUUGUGUUUGGGGAUUGGGGGGGGGGGGGAAUAAACUCAUAUAACCAUACUUCUCUUUUUUUACCUCAAGAUUUGAAACAAUAUAUUGGGUAAAAAAAGAUCUAUAAAUAUUUCUAUAUCAUGUAUAGUAUGUAAAGAUGUAGAAUGAUGCAGCACUGGAAAGAGGCUUAAAGUAUGAAACCACUCUUGUUGAAUGUCUUGACACCAGAAGUCCUACUUUCGAUUUCUUACUAUAUGUUCUUCCUCAUGUAUAUUUUUAAAAUCACUUUGGUGUACAAGUUACAUUUUAAGCCCUGUAGUUAAUCUUUUGUAUAUAACUAUUUGGGAAAAAAACAUGGAUAUAUUGAUUAGUUUAAGUUGAUUAUAAGAGGCAAUUAAUUUUUUGAGGAUGCUUUGGUUUCACUUUGGAUAUUUGAAUGGAAAAAAGGGACUAGCCACUGCAGUGAGCAUUUUUAAUUGUACCACGUUUUUAGAAAAGCAAACAAGGAACAAAACAAAUAUUUCCCUGCUAGGUUUUCUUAUUCAAAUCAAUAUAGUAUAUUUGUAUUGAGGAAACAGUGCUAUGCGUAAAGUUUAAGAACCAGAUCUGAUUCUUGUUAUUCUGAAGCUAGGUGAAGUAUUUGAUAUAUAGGCAGACAAAAUUCUGUGUUUUAGAACUUUGCCAAUCCACAUGUAGAAGACAAACAGUACCACGUCUUAAAUUUCCACAUGAAUUGUAUAUUCUGGGAAGAAACUAUCUACUUUACUUUUGGAGAUUCAGGGGGAAGGUUCCACAUUUAGAUUUUCAGUAAUGUUACUGUAUAUUUAAUAGUCUUAACAUUUCUUGCCAACAAAACUAUAGUUUUAUCUAAAGAAAUAUGGGAUUUGCAUUUGUGUAUAUAUGUAAAAUUAUACAUGUGACUGCAUUCGAUGUAUACAUAUGUGCAUAUUGUAUUUAUUAAACUGAUGGCGUUAAACUAUUUCCAAUUUGUAUACCAGCCAUUACUGCAUCUGAAUAUAAUUUGAUUAAAAAGUCAUUGUUCCA